AUGAAAAAUAGCCCAGAAAGCAUACCUCAAUUGCCGGAUUUGGUGCCCGGAGGAGAGAGAACAACGGCGGCGGAGAUUCGGCCUAAACGGAGCAAUUCACGGCGGCAGGAUGGACGGCCACGGCGGAGAAGCUCCUGGGUUCGACGGUGGCGGCGGCAGGGUCUGAUUUGGGGCGGAUUAGGGGCUGAGGUCACGGCGGAGAGAUAUGGGAGGUUUUAG